CUCGGAAACUGGUGGGAGCCGAGGUCCGGAAGUCCGACGCUGGUCGGUGGGCGCAUGCGCAGCGCGCGCUUUGCGGCGCUGAACCGGGGCGAGCAGAGAGCUGUCAGAUACUAUAGCCAUAUGAAGUUGAACAUGGCAGAAGAAGAGGACUAUAUGUCUGAUUCCUUCAUUAAUGUCCAAGAAGAUAUCAGACCAGGAUUGCCAAUGCUAAGGCAAAUCCGAGAAGCCCGUCGAAAAGAAGAAAAGCAACAGGAAGCCAAUUUGAAAAACAGGCAGAAGACUUUAAAAGAAGAAGAACAAGAAAGACGUGACAUUGGGUUGAAGAAUGCACUAGGCUGUGAAAACAAAGGGUUUGCCUUGCUCCAAAAGAUGGGCUAUAAAAGUGGUCAGGCACUUGGCAAGAGUGGGAAAAGUGGCAUUGGUCAUGAGGCAUCAUUAAAACGGAAAGCAGAGGAAAAAUUGGAAAGCUACAGAAAAAAGAUUCACAUGAAAAACCAAGCUGAAGAAAAAGCUGCAGAACAGUUUCGAAUGCGACUUAAAAAUAAGCAAGAUGAAGUGAAGCUAGAAGGAGAUCUCAGAAGAAGCCAGCGAGCCUGUCAACAAUUGGAUGUCCAGAAAAAUAUUCAGGUUCCCAGGGAAGCAUGGUACUGGUUGAGGCUUGAAGAGGAGACUGAAGAAGAUGAAGAAGAAAAAGAACAGGAUGAAGAUGAAUAUAAGAGUGAAGAUUUAAGCGUACUGGAAAAAUUACAAAUAUUGACUAGUUAUUUAAGAGAAGAACAUCUAUAUUGUAUUUGGUGUGGAACAGCUUAUGAAGCAGUGCACUCACUACUUUCUGGUAUACAAGAAGAACAGCUUGUCCCCACUCUUACAGUAUAAUGAAGAAAAGUGCUAUGUAGGAAUGACUGAGCUCUAAGACAAACUGGUAAGAACAAUUAGGUACUAAACAAUGGGAGUACUAGGGAGAAGAUUCAUUUUGAGUGGGAGAUGUUGGAACACUUUGGAAAUAACACUGAAUUUGGGUUCUGAAAGAUGGAUAUAAUUUUGAUAUGCAAAGUUAUGAGGAAAGAGUUACUGUAUAAUCCAGCCAUUCUCCUAGGAAUAUACAUCCAAGAGAAAUGAAAACAUGUCCACAUAAGAUUUGUACACAAAAGUUCAUAGUAGCAUUAUUCAUGGUAGCCAAAAAGUAGAAACAACCCAAAUGUCCAUCAGCUGAUGAAUGGAUACAUAAAAUGCGACAUAUCCAUAUGAUAGAAUAUUAUUUGGCAAUAAAAAGGAAUGAGAUGCUGAUUCAUGCCACAGCUGGGAUGCACCUUGAAAAUAUACUCAGUGAAAAAGACCACAUGUAUUAUUCCAUUUAUAUGAAAUGUCUAGCAUGGGCAAAUCUAUAGAGAUGGAGAGUAGAUUAGUGGUUACCUAGAGUUGUGAGAAAACAGAGUGAAUACUAACGGGUAUAGGGUUUCUUUUGGGGGUGAGAAAAAUGAUAGUUGCACAACUCUGAAUAUAGUAAACACUACUGAAUUGUAUACUGUAUAGGUGAAUUGUAUGGCAUGUGAAUUAUAUCUCAAUAAAGCUGUUAUUAAAUAAAAAAUGAAGAGAAUUUCAGAUAGAAACCACAGGAGAGAGCCACUGAGUGCAAAAGCCUGUUGAGGUAAAACUGCAGACCUGCAUGGGUGGGGCUUACUCGGGAAACACUGAAUAUGGGAUGCAUCAUGGAAGCCUCCAGAGGAGCAUGGCCUUGCCCAGUGAACUGCAGCCCAGUGAAUCUCAUUUUAGACUUCUGGCCUCCAGAACAGAGAGAGAAUAAAUGUGUGUUGUUUUAAACCACCAAGUUUGUGGUAAUUUGUUAGUUAUAGCAGCCAUAAGAAAUUAAUACAGGUCCAAAUCAAAUUAACCCCAUAAGAGCCACACAUAUUCGAGAAGCAUUUUAUUCGCCUCACAGUUUUGCCUAUUACACAGUUUCUAGUUAUUUAGAAUUUAAGCCAAUAAUGUCACCAUAUAUCUAUCAACUGUGAUUCCCUUCAUCUAUGACUAUUUUUAAGAAAUGUAAGAUUUGGAUAAGUCAUAAUCACAGAUCAAAAACUGCAGACAUUGAGGCCUGGAUGGCCGUUUAGAGAGAAAGAGUUAACAUUUCAGUGGAGACCCUUCCUAUCUUGUAUUUCCUACAGUCUCCUCCUAUCUUCAGUGCAGUGUUCUGGCAGCACCUCAAGCUCACUGUCACCAGAUGGGAUUCAACGUCUUUCCUCCCAAACAUGCUCUACCUCACCAUGUCGAUAGAUGUACAGUCGCCCCACUACUGGCUUAAAUUCUAAAUUACUGAAAACCAUGUAACAGGUAAAAGUGUGAGACAAAGUACCCCUCAAAUACAUGUGGCUCUUGGGGUUCAUCUGACUGAGACCUGUAUUUACUUGAAUGGCAUCAGAAUCCUGCUACUAACCUUCUAACAAACUUGGAGGUAAUCUUUGAUGCUUACCUUUCCUUAAUCCCCACAUCCAAUUAGUUGCCAACUCCUCUUGGUUCUGUCCUCUUAUUGUUCAGGCCCUCUUAGUCUUUCCACUUCUGACCUUUCAAAUAUAGUUUCCUCCUGCUCUAUUCUAAACAUGCUAGUUUCAAAGUAUUGGUUGGGCCAUACCUUGCUUUAAAGAAAUACUCAUUUGUCAACUUUGGAGGUUGCUAGGGCACUAACUCACUCUAAAAUUUGAUAAAUAUUUAUCGCAUCUUUCCCAUUCAGAUUUAGAGAAAGUUCCUUAAAGAAGAAUCAUAGAUGAUAAAUGCAAGAGGUUUGAUAGAACCAGAAAAUCACUAUUUUACAACCCCUGAAAUGAAAUAAUGGAUCCAGGCAACAAUUAUCAAUAGCUGCUAAAACUAUCAGGUGAAAGAUUGAUGAGAAACUUUGUAGUAGGUGGUACCACCAGAACUCAUUGAUCAAUAUUAAAAUCACUGAAAGUGGAACAAUCAGACAUCAUGUUCCUCCUGAAAUCAUGUAAGAGAAAGUGCAUAGCAUCACCUAUGGAGUAUUCUUGGGGGAAAAUAAAUGAACCAGGAUCAAAUCCAGCUUCUAGGUCUAACUGGACACUCUGGGGAUACUCUCAGUCAAAUCCUGAAUGGAAGAAAUUCCACAGGACAAAUAAAAGCCAAAAAGAACUAAAACGCAGGGGUAAAUUUUACAGAGUAAAGGAGACACAUCAACCAAAUGCAAUGUUGGAUUUAGAUUUCAACAACCAAGAAAACUGUAUUUUUGAGAUAGAAACAAUACAGACUAUUAUAUGAUAAUUAAGGAAAUCUUGUCAAUUUUUUGAGUGUGACAAUGAUGCUGUGGUUUUGUUAAAAAGACUUUAUCUGCUAGAGAUACAUUUUAAAGUACUUACAAGUGCAAUGAUGUAACACCUGAGAUUUACUUUAAAAUAUUCCAGUAGGGCCAGAUAUCGUAAUCCCAGCAGUUUGGACGACCAAGGCAGGAGAAUCUCUCAAGGCCAGGAGUUUGAGACCAGCCUGGGAAACACAGCAAGACCAUAUUUCUAC